AUUAGAGUAAGAUAGCGUUCUAAUUGAAGCGCACCAAGCACGUGGUGGUUCUCUCGUGGUGUCUGUGUCGCGUAGAGGAUCAUGGAGGAUGGAUCUCCGGACAGUGAGGUAAUUUUCGAAGAGGACGUCUGGGAAAUAGAUGACGAAGAUGGAGAAAUACCGCCAGAGGACGAUUUGCAGGAGGAGAUGGAAGGCAUGGGGUUUGAGGAGGAAGAGGAUGAAGAGGAGGAAAUGGUCACUAGGAACGAUGCCGCAGCCGUAUUCAAGGGACAUACAGGUUCAGUGUUCUGCGUGAGUCUGCACCCAGAUGGAGCUCUGGCCUGCAGUGGUGGGGAAGACGACAGAGCAUUUCUGUGGAGAACUGAUGAUGCUUCAGUUACCAUGGAAUGCAAAGGUCACAAGGACUCGGUGACGUGCACAGGUUUCAGUCACGAUGGGAAGUAUGCUGCAACUGGUGACAUGGGAGGAGGUGUGAGGGUGUGGAGUGUGGAGGAGAGACAACCAGUGUGCGUCUUGGAAUCUUCUGACAUCGAGUGGUUGAAGUGGCACCCCCAGGCCCACGUGCUUCUGGCUGGAACUAGUGACGGUAUGGGGUGGAUGUGGAGAGUGCCUGCGGGAGACUGCAAGACCUUCCAGGCCCAGAGCUCCCGCAACAUUUGCUGCAGCUUCUUACCUGACGGCAAGCACAUAGCCUGUGGUUACGAAGACGGAUGUGUACGAGUGUGGAACCUGAAGGAGUGUGUCACGACUUCGUCCAUGUCACCUGCCCACAAGGGUUCAGUCAACUGCCUCGCUGCCAACAGCGACGGAUCACUCGUCAUGACCGGCUCUGAAGACUCCACCGCUCGACUAGUCAGCACCACUACUGGAAAGGUAGUUGUGAGCCUUGCUGCUGGGAUGCCUCGGAAAGUGCCCCCCACUGCUGACGAUGAAGACGUGACUCAGUCUACUCCCUUGUCAGUUGAGGACGUGGCGUUCUUCCCCUCCCUCCCUCUCGCUCUCACUGCUUCCCUCUCUGGAGCAGUGGGCGUGUGGGACAUUGCCACUCAGAAACUCAGACACACUCUACAACACCAGGCAGGAGUGGUGAGGCUGCGGUGUUCAAGUAGAGAUCCACUGGUGUUCACAGGCUGUCUGGAUGGUGGAGUGAGGCUGUGGGAUGUGAGGGGAGGGGAGUGUGUGAGGGAGUGGUGGGGACACACCAAAGAUAUCCUCGACCUCACCAUCGCUAGUGAUGAUAGCCUCAUUCUGUCAGCAUCAGACGACGCCACUGUCCUUGUGUUCUCUAACAAGUCUCAGACACUACACUGUAGUCAGUAACUUUAUAGUCUUUUCACCUCAGUGUAGUUAUGUAUUAUGUGUCCUAAAACACCUCUGUUUUGUCACAACAAAAUCCAUGCUAUUAGUGUUCUCUAAAAUGGAUACACUAUGGGUAUAAGAGUUAUAACUGGCCAUCUAAUGUAUAAUGUACAAGCCCU